CGCUAUUCCCUCCGUUUCAAUAAUAGCGAUUCAUUUCUUUGUACAUGUAUUUAACAUUUCAUGUACGCAAGCGCAAUGAAGUUCCCUAAAGGGCGAUAUUAUCGUACGCAAUAUGGUCAGUCACGAACAAGCUUUCAUCGGAUUGAAAAAUGGUCCAAAUUAGAAACGCGAAAGAGGGGUUGAAGCAUACCUUCUGGUUUGCAUAUCCGUUCUCAAGAACGCUCGGUUAUUGGCCACUGGUCUCUCCUUCCGCGGUUACCAAAUUUUUUAAUUCCUUCACAAUUUUUAUCCUAUAUUUAUUGCAAUUGAUAGUCUUGAUCCCAGGCCUUCUAUACGUUCUGCAAGUGAAAAAUGCCAGGACGAAGAUUAAAUUGCUGAUGCCACAUCUCAACAGCAUCGCGCAAAUGGCUAAAUAUACAAUUAUAUUGCAACGGGCGAAGGAAUUUAGCAAAUUAUUGGACGAGAUAAAGAAGGAUUGGUUGAUAGCCACGGAAGAGAAUCGACAAAUUUUCAGCGAGAGGGCGUCCAUCGAGCACAAAUUGACAACGGUAAUAGUGGUCACCAUGUACGGUGGAGGUUUCUUUUACAGAACGAUUCUUCCACUUUCGAAAGGCAAAAUCCUUCUACCGAAUAACAUGACAGUAAGAUUAUUACCUUGUCCGAGUUACUUUGGUUCCUUGAACGAGCAAGCUACGCCCAAUUACGAGAUAAUUUUCACGCUACAAGUUCUCGGAGGAUUUAUCAUUUACACAGUUUUAUGCGGCACCAAGAGUGCUUGUUUGAUGCUGUGUUUGCAUAUGUGCGGUUUGCUGAAGAUCUUGACGAACAAGAUAGUAGAUCUUACGAAUGACAGUGAUGAACAAAUUGUGCAGGAGAAGAUCGUGCACAUCGUUGAAUAUCAGACGAGGAUCAAAGAAUUUUUGAAUCAACUUGAUCAAUUCGUACCCGCUAUUUAUCUUAUCGAAGUUGUUAUCCAAGUAUUGAUUAUAUGUAUAAUUGGUUAUUGCAUAAUCAUGGAAUGGGAAGACAGCAAUGCUAUGGCUAUGGUGAUUUAUGUUGUCUUCCAAGUAACUUGCGUCAUUGGCACCUUCUCGGUAUGCUACGUCGGUCAACUUCUACUUGAUGAAAGCGAGAAUAUUAGACAGGCAUAUAACACAUUGAACUGGUAUCGAUUACCUGUAAACAAGGCGCGCAGCUUGAUAUUACUGAUCCUUAUGUCACAUUAUCCAAUAAAAGUAACUGCAGGAAGAAUUAUGGAUUUAUCUUUAGUCACCUUCACUAGUAUCAUUAAAAGUGCAGUGGGAUAUAUGAAUAUGUUACGUACAGUUACGUAAGAUUUUAUGUUUUUUAGAAGAUUCAUGAAAUCUACUAUAUCUGAUUAGCCAAAAAUGAUAUUGAAUUAUGUACACAGCACUUUGUUCACUUUCUUAUCAAAUCAAAAUUUAAAUAAUUGAAUUGCAAUUAUGAGAAAA